AUGUUCACCGGAAGUUGUGCUGCAGAGAGCUGCAGAGAGAUCAGUUAUAAAACAUUGCUAGCACUAUUGGUGUUUGGAGUCGCAUUAGAUGGAGGUGCGCUAUUGGUGUUUGGAGAUGCGUUAGACGAAGAUGUGUUGGAAACGUUGUUAGCACUAUUGGUGUUUGGAGAUGCGUUAGACGAAGAUGUGUUGGAAACGUUGCUAGCACUAUUGGUGUUUGGAGAUGCGUUAGACGAAGAUGUGUUGGAACCCACUUCCCCAUCGAACAUACCAAUUGAAGAGGUCCCAUUCUAUAUACAACCUUACAACCCCCAGAAUGUUGUCCACUGGUGGUUUUGCGGCAGUGCGGCAGCACUGCAGCUCGUGUCUCCAAUGCUCUCCGAAGUUUAUGGCACACUACCAGUAGCUACACCGUCACUAGUACUACCUUGCACAAUGCCUAACCAAUGGAAACCUACGUCACCGUUGGACGUAAUUGAGCCACACAUCCUUCGCCUUUGGAAGGCACGCCAGACCGAUAGGCAAAUUGUCGCGGAAUUGCAAAAACAUUUCGAUACAUCACACUAUGGUCUCGGGCUUACAAAAUUUCUCAAGAUUCGUGAAGGCAUGGGUCUUCGAAGAACGCACCAGCAAAAUCAUAACAUUGAGACUAUCCAUGACGCUAUGACUCAUUUACGUCCGAUGUAUCCAAAUGCCAGAGCGCGUGAAGUUGUAAGCUUGCUAUUUCAUGAAUGGAACAUGAGUGUACCCAGGAGUAUUGUGAUAUCCUAUUUCCGUACAUACAAACCAGAGCUCAUUCGCCAGCGGAAGGCCAAUCGCCUUCGCAGGAAGCGAUUUUGGGCUGCAGGUGUGAACAAUUUAUUCGCCAUUGACCAACACGACAAGUGGCUAAGGUACGGUCUUGGCCUCCAUACUGGCAUCGAGCCAUUCUCAGGGUGCAUUAUGUGGAUGAGAGUCUGGCACUCGAACCGGAACCCACAGCUGAUCCUUAGUUAUUAUCUUGACACACUCGGGACACUAGGGCACAUGCCUAUGGUGACCCAGAGCGACCCUGGGUCUGAAAACUAUGGAAUCGCUAACGCUCACACUAUGCUACGUCAGUGGCACAAUCCUGCCUUGCAGGGUAGCCUACAACACCGCUGGAUGAGGACGAAGAAAAACGUUAUGCUGGAGAUAACGUGGUCACAGAUGCGGCGUCGUUUCACGCCUGGAUUCGAGACACUUCUCAACCAUGGUGUCACUUCCGGUUGGAUGCUUUUUCACUGGGUUUUUAUACCCUGGUUACAGCGGGAGUUAGAUGCUUACCAGGACCGAGUGAAUAACACUCGAAAAUGGCGGGACCGAAACAAGAUCCUUCCCCAUGGUGCACCGGACAUCAUCUACCAAUCGCCCGAGAACUUUGGUGUCUUAGACUUUAAAAUCCAAGUCGAACGGGAAGCCUUAGACCACGUCCGUGAUCUCUACAUCGAUCCCUCCCAUAUUGUCUUCGACCUUGUUCCAAAGCCAUUCAGCGAGUUCAUGGAACAUUGCUAUACAGAACUUGGACGCCCAUUAGUUACACGGCAGACCACUUGGGAUGUCUACCUGCGCUUACUCGCCAUAGUGGAGGCCAAUGACGAGAUGAUACCACGCCACAUUGAGUUGUUAGAUGAGGCAGAGGAAGAAUUAACCACUUUGCCGCUUAUAGAGAACCUUCAAGAGUUGCCCUAUCGCGAAGAUGGCAACGGUGCCUACUACAUGGGUGGGGUGGGUGGUGGUCUUGGUCUUGUUGACCAGCAUUUGCAUGAGCUGGAGAGUCUUGCCCGUGAUGAUGAGCCUGACAUCACACUUGGCAUUGACGAAAGUGUUGUGGGACUGGACCAUGCAGGUUUGGUUGUGUGGGAUUUCUCAGAUGACGACAACUCGGACGUGCCAGACGAAUGCGAUAGCGGUAUCCGCGGUCCCGCAGAAGCCAUGGCCGUAUAUGCCGCCGCACCUCCAACAUUUCCACUUCUUCACAAAUUGAAAGAAGACUGGCGUUCCCUUCAAAUAACACCUGAUGAUUCUUUCGGCCAGGUAUACGUUCUCCCAGCCCCUCCUCCACCUUCUCACAAAAUCCAUCACAUCUCCUAUGCAAUCCGUGCUGCAUGUCCCUUUUCUCCCAAUGCCUUCCAAGAGCAGUACUCGCCAAGGCACCGACACUCCCUCAAGUGCGAGUGUGCCGUUCUUAACAUGCAGGUAACGAGUCCUGUAACCUCAGACGCUGCCGAUGCGCAGAUACACGCAGGCCACGGGCUUGGUGCAUACGACGAGUCCGCAACUGACACCAACUCAUCGAGCUAUGGAAGGCAAACAACACCGAACUUGCAAGGAAAUCAUAAAACACGACAAACUGCAAGCGCACCAUAA